AUGGUUCAGGCUUGUGGAGAGAAGGAGAAACACUGGGUCAAGAGAAACAUGAAUGAAUGUGGAGGGGUUGUGGCGGAGAAUGACAUGAGGAGGAUGAAAUCACAGGCAGUCAGGGAGCAGGCCCGCUGGGCAGUCUCAGGGGCAGCCAGGGGCAGUCUCAGCAGCGGGCAGUCUCAGCAGCGGGCAGCCGAGGCAGUCUCCAGCAGCGGGCAGUCUCCAGCAGCCGGGCAGCCCGGGGCAGUCUCCAGCAGCGGGCAGCCGGGGGCAGUCUCAGCAGCGGGCAGCCGGGCAGUCUCCAGCGGGCAGGCAGUCUCCGGCGCCGGGGCAGUCUCCGCCGGGCAGCCGGGCAGUCUCCAGCGGCAGCCCGGAGCCAGUCUCCGCAGCGGGCGGCCGAGGCAGUCUCAGCAGCCCGCGAGGCAGUCUCGCGGCGCCCGGGGAACAGUCUCAACAGCGGCCGCCCGGGAGCAGUCUCAGCAGCGGCGCGAACAGUCUGCAGCGGCCCGAGGCAGUCUCCAGCAGCAGCCGCCCGAGGCAGUCUUUCCAGCAGCGGCCGCCCGAGGCAGUCUCCAACAGCCGCCCGCCUGA